UAUAAAUAUUUCUCAAAUUCUUGCCAAAAUGAACUUCUUAAUACGAUUCGAGAAAUUCUUGUGUUGCUUUACCUUAAGAACAGGGGUUGUUUUCACUGUCUAUCUGGGUGUGGCUUUACUAAUUUACCACAUCGCGAAUGGAUGACUGAUAUUAGCAAAAGGAGUUGAUAUUUGGAGUCUAGGCACAGACAGAGAUCGAGAUGGUAUUGACGGGCUCCCAGGAUCCCUGACUUUCCUGGCUGCUGUUGUUGGCUUGAUCAGGCUUACAUAUGGCUUGAUGGCGUACUGUAAAAAAUUUGAGAGACUCGCUCUGGAGAAAUAUUUCUUGUUGUCGUUUACUUGAAAUAUUUAUGACUCUAUUGAGUUUGUUCUCAGACUUAUUGUUGAUAACUUCAUUUGGAGAAGAGCACUUGGUCUUCCGGUGUUUAUUAUCCUGCUGUGGUAUUCUACUCAGAUGGUAUAUUCUUUGUUAACAGAGAAGGAUGAGGAGUUCCGUUUUGGAUCCCAUAGGAAGAGGGUUCAAGGACUUAAGAACCAAGACUCUUCUUCGUAUGGAUCUAUUGAUCCUCAUCGAGAUUAUCAUAGAAUUGAAGACUAG